AUGUCCCUUGGAGCAGACCCCUUCUACGGUCAGGUAAAUCUGGAGGUGAUCAACCUGGUGCUGAAUGGCAAUGUGUUGUCAAAACCGGACAACUGUCCAGCUACCCUGUACGACCACAUGCUACAGUGCUGGAGUCGGUUUCCAGAAAUUCGACCCACUUUUUCAGACGUCUGUCGAAAGAUGGAGGAAUUUGUGGAGGCCUCGAACAACGCGGAGAGCCCCUUCUCUGGACCCUACAUCUAUCGUGUUCCCAUUGGUGGAUCAACUAUUCCCUCGGAAUCCACACCCACAGUCGGUGAGCCUGAGUGGCGACGUGGAAACGACGGUGAUGGUUCCGCGCUACACAUCAACGACUCCAGAGUGAAUCUUAUCCACUCUAACUCCCUCAGCAUGGCAAGGUGCGACGGUGGCAGUAGCAGUGGCAGUGGUGUCACGUCACGUUUAACGAGGAGUCUUCAACGCCAGGUCUCCUGUUCGCGCCCUGCUGUAGAUCCUGGAGCUCCACUAAGCCCCGGCUUCUUCUUCACUCAACACCAUCAACAACAACAGCAACCACCACUGCCAUCACCUCUAUAUGCACAUGAAGCUAGUCCAACUGAUAGUCUGGCUAGACGAGGGGCUCCAGGUUUGCGUAGACAGUUGAGCGAUCGAUAUCAGUAUAACCGAGAUCCGGAGGAAGUCGAUUCUAUGGGCUACGAACGACCAGCACUAAUGAUGACGGGACCUUAUUUCAACACCCUCCAACAGGGCUAUCGGCGAGCCUCCAGCCCCGCUCGCCAAUAUGCUCCACGUUCUCCACCUCACUACGCCAUUCCUGCACGACCCCCUUUGACACGCGACACCAACUACGGCAUCAUGCAUCACUCGCUCUAUGUCGGCAGUCGCGGCAAUCAGGCGACUAAUCAGGGACAGACAAACAACCCGAUGUUUCAAUCAGCUCAGUUUCACUCGCACACACAGAUGGAGUCACCAAGAGGUAAAAUUGAUGAUGCUUCCGACCUUGGGUGCAGUGUCGCCACUUUGUGUGCUGCCGCACUAUCAUCAAGGACUGUUGUAUCGUCCGAAUCAACUAAGCUACCAGUAGAAUUUCAAGAUGAUUUUGUCAAGAAACUCGUCAGCGAAGAACUAAUUACCAUCCCCGACUUCAUUACUGAAGAGGAGGAGCAAAGUCUGCUCUCCGAACUUGAUCCGAUUCUUUCGCGAUCUCGCUACCAAACCUCACACUGGGAUAACGCCAUAGAAGACUUUCGUGAGACAGAGCGGAAGAACUGGCGGGCUCCGAAUCGCCUGAUCAUCGAUCGGUUACGGCAAAAGACACUGGAUGUUCUAAAGGAGGAGCCGCGUCCUGAAGGCGCUCAUAAGGCAUCCAGCUUCGACGAUCUCCUUCCUUACAUCCAUGUUCUCGAUCUGGCUCCAACAGGGUGGAUCAAACCGCAUGUUGAUAGUAUUCGAUACUGUGGUGGGGUGGUGGCCGUGCUCUCCCUCCUCGCGGACAGCAUAGCGCGCUUCACUGUGGCUCCAGAGAGUGAGGUAGCUCCGUCCACUAGCCUCCUGCCCGCCAGCCGAAUGGAUCUCGCAUUGCCCCCGCCAGGCGCCUCCACGGAUGUGUGGGUGCGCCGACGCAUGCUCUAUAUCAUGCGAGGGGCAACGCGUUACCGCCUUACUCACGCCAUCCUCCCCAAUGACAGCCAGAUUCCUGGUACCGAUCGAGUCGUUCACCGGGAUCGGCGCAUCACAGUCAUGUGUCGACCUCGACCCGAGCGUGUGCCGCUAUCACAGCCUGGAGGAGGCUCUUACUCUUACGGCCAAUUGUCAUAG